AUGAGCGACUUAAACGCCAUGAUAGAAACUUUGUAUGCCGGCCGCCUAAUUACAGAGAGGCAGGUGGUGCAAUUGUGUGACUGGUGCAAAGACAUCUUCCUGGAGGAAGGUAAUGUUGACGUGGUGUUUGCACCGGUUACCCUUUGCGGGGACAUUCACGGUCAGUUCUUUGAUUUGUUGGAAUUAUUUCGUCACGGCGGGCGUGUGCCGGACACAAGUUAUGUCUUCAUGGGCGACUACGUGGACCGCGGUUACCAUAGUGUUGAGACGCUUAUAUUGCUUCUUCUCUUGAAGGUCAGAUAUCCUGACCGCAUCACACUCUUACGUGGAAAUCACGAGUCUCGGCAGAUCACGCAGGUGUACGGAUUCUACGAUGAAUGUUAUCGCAAGUUUGGUAGUGCGACUGUUUGGCGCCUGUGCACGGACCUGUUUGACUACAUGCCACUUUCGGCGGUUGUGGAGGGCAGUGUUUUUUGUGUGCAUGGCGGUCUCAGCCCACAUAUCGCCACAUUAGACGAAAUACGGGCACUAGACCGCAAGCAGGAAGUGCCACAUGACGGUCCAAUGAGUGACCUCCUUUGGUCUGACCCAGACGAGAUGGAGGGUUGGGGUGUUAGUCCACGCGGCGCUGGUUUCAUCUUUGGUGGUGAUGUGGCUAAAACAUUCAAUCACAAGAACGGCCUGAGCCUUAUAGCUCGUGCACAUCAACUCGUUUUUGAGGGAUACAAAUCGAUGUUCGACGAUAACUGCUGCACUGUGUGGUCAGCACCCAACUACUGCUACCGUUGUGGCAACGUCGGAUCCAUCAUGCGCAUAGGUGAGCAGUCACUGACGGACCGAAGCUUCAUCACAUUUGGCGCUGCUUCCGCUGAAACCCGUGGCCACCUGACGAAACAAACGCCACCGGAGUAUUUCCUAUAA